UACACUGAAUGACCGCCACAGUACGAUGUGGGGCUUCUGGCUGCUCCUCUUCUGGGGCUGCAGUGGUGUACACGGAUGGGGGACAACCACAUUCCCCAUGCUGGGACAAACUCUCAAGGGUGUGAACGAGUGUGAAGACACUACCACGUGUCCGGCUUAUGCCACCUGCACCGACACCACGGACAGCUAUUACUGCACCUGUAAACGAGGCUUCCAGUCCAGCAAUGGACAAACCAACUUUAAGGGCCCAGGAGUGAAGUGUAAAGAUGUUGAUGAAUGUCUUCAAAGCGACUCACCUUGUGGUCCUAACUCGGUCUGCAAAAAUUUGCCUGGGCGAUCCCAGUGCAGCUGUAUUAGUGGCUUCUCUUCUCCCCCUGGGAAGAGCUGGAUUCUGGGAAGUAAAGAUCAUUUUGUCUGCAAAGACAUUGAUGAGUGUCUGACGGUUGGGAUCUGCCCUGCAUAUUCCAACUGUUCAAACUCUUUGGGAAGCUACAAGUGCACCUGCCAACCUGGCUUCUUCUGGAAUGACCUUGUUUGUGAAGAUAAAGAUGAAUGUGCGGAACACGACAUUUGCCCAGAGAAUGCUUCUUGCCACAACACUUUCGGAAGUUAUUAUUGUACAUGUGACUCAGGACUCGAAUCUAGUGGUGGAGGGUCAACAUUCCAGGGCCUGGGAGAAUCCUGUGAAGAUGUGGAUGAGUGCUCCAGGAACUCAACUCUUUGUGGCCCCACCUUGAUUUGCAUCAAUACCCUGGGGUCCUAUAGCUGUUCCUGCCCAUCUGGAUUCUCUAUGUCAGUUUCCCAGAUCCCUGGUCAUCCAGCAGAUACUAACUGCACAGAUAUCAAUGAGUGCGAUGCCGUGUGCCCUCCCCACUCGUCCUGCACUAAUACUCCUGGGAGCUACUUCUGCACUUGCCAUCCUGGCUUUGCACCGAGCAGUGGACAGGUGACUUUCACAGACCCAGAAGUGGCAUGUGAAGAUAUUGAUGAAUGUAUCCAAGAUCCAUCCCCAUGUGGACAAAAUUCUGCCUGCACCAAUGUCCCAGGCUCCUACAUCUGCGGCUGCCUUCCCAACUUCCGACCAGAUCCAGAAGGAUCCCAGGCAUAUGGCAACUUCAGUUGCAAAAGGAUUCCCUUCAAGUGUAAGGAAGACUUGAUACCUAACAGUGAUCAGAUACAGCAGUGCCAAGCAGGGAAAGCCAGGGAUCUUGAUGAUGCCUCCUUCUGUACACUUGUGAAUGCCACCUUCAGCAUCCUAGAUAACACGUGUGAAAACAAAAGUGCCCCAGUGUCCCUACAGAGUGCAGCUAAGAGCAUCUCCCUUGUGCUGGAGCAAGUACCCAUGCGGACUGAGAUCAGCAGGGAGGAGACAUCGGCCCUGGGCACCAUCGUGCUGGAGACUGUGGAAAGUGCCAUGUUGGCUACACUUCUGGCACCCUCCGGAAACAUCAGUCAGACCAUUCGGACAGAAAACCUAGACAUUGAGAGCAAAGUUAUCAAUGAAGAAUGCAACGAUGAGAAUGUCUCCUUUAGCUUGAAAGCCAGAGGUGACGAGAUGAAUGUUGGCUGUUCCAUCAUUGAGGAAUCAGAAUCCACAGGGACCACAGGAGUGGCUUUUGUUUCCUUUGCAAACAUGGAAUCGGUUUUAGAUGAACGCUUCUUCGAAGAUGGUCAGGCCUCCUGGAAGCUGAAGAUGAAUUCUCGUGUUGUUGGUGGCAUUGUGACUGGGGAGAAGAAGGAGGGCUUCUCCAAGAUGGUUGUCUACACCCUCCAGCACAUCCAGCCAAAGCAGAAGUCUGAGAGGACCAUCUGUGUCUCUUGGAACCCUAAUGUGGAGGACGGGAGAUGGACACGCUCAGGCUGUGAGAUCACCAAAGCAUCUGAGACAUACACAGAGUGCAGCUGUAACCGGAUGGCAAACUUGGCCAUCAUCAUGGCUUCUCAGGAGCUCACAAUGGAAUUCUCCCUGUACGUCAUCAGCCACGUGGGUACAGUCAUCUCCCUGGUGUGCCUCGCCUUGGCCAUAGCCACCUUCCUGCUGUGCCGUGCUGUUCAGAACAGAAACCAACCCUACAUGCACCUGCACCUUUGUGUGUGUCUCUUCCUGGCCAAGUUUCUCUUCCUCAUGGGUGUAGACAAGACGGACAACCAGACGGCCUGUGCCAUCAUUGCGGGAUUCCUGCACUAUCUUUUCCUUGCCUGCUUCUUCUGGAUGCUGGUGGAGGCAGUGUUGCUCUUCCUGAUGGUGAGAAACCUGAAGGUGGUGAAUUAUUUCAGCUCUCGAAACAUCAAGAUGCUGCACCUCUGUGCCUUUGGCUAUGGGCUUCCAGGCCUGGUUGUCGUGAUCUCUGCCAGCAUACAGCCACAGGGCUAUGGGAUGCAUAAUAUCUGUUGGCUGAAUAGAGAGACUGGGUUCAUCUGGAGUUUCCUAGGGCCAGUCUGCAUGAUCAUCACGAUCAACUCUGUUCUCCUCGCCUGGACACUGUGGGUGCUGAGGCAGAAGCUUUGCAGCGUCAGCUCAGAAGUCUCAAAACUCAAGGACACCAGGUUGCUCACCUUCAAGGCCAUUGCCCAGGUCUUCAUCUUGGGCUGUUCCUGGGUGCUGGGCAUUUUCCAGAUUGACUCCAUGGCAAGCACCAUGGCGUACCUGUUCACCAUUAUCAACAGCCUGCAGGGGGCUUUCAUCUUCCUCAUUCAUUGUCUGCUCAACCGCCAGGUACAGGGCUGCCUACGUCCACCCUCCUCUCUGCAUAGAACCAUCCACUUCAUAUGUCUGAAGCGGACCCACUUUCUUAUCUAG